UGCGCCGCCGAGGGCUGGGCUGUUGCUCCCUCACGGGCGGCUGCGGCGGGUCCUCGCCAUGGAGUCCUACGAUGUGAUAGCGAACCAGCCCGUCGUGAUAGACAACGGCUCGGGUGUGAUUAAAGCAGGUUUUGCGGGCGAUCAAAUACCAAAAUACUGCUUUCCUAACUAUGUGGGCAGACCAAAGCACGUUCGUGUUAUGGCUGGUGCUUUAGAAGGGGACAUUUUCAUUGGUCCAAAGGCAGAGGAGCACAGAGGUCUUCUUGCAAUCCGAUACCCGAUGGAGCAUGGCAUCGUGAAGGACUGGAACGACAUGGAGCGCAUCUGGCAGUACGUGUAUUCUAAAGACCAGCUCCAGACAUUCUCAGAAGAGCAUCCUGUGCUGCUGACAGAAGCACCCCUAAAUCCGCGCAAGAACAGAGAGCGUGCUGCUGAGGUGUUUUUUGAGACCUUCAAUGUGCCAGCACUAUUCAUCUCCAUGCAAGCUGUGCUUAGCCUCUACGCGACCGGCAGGACCACGGGCGUGGUGCUGGACUCUGGGGAUGGCGUCACCCACGCGGUUCCCAUCUACGAAGGCUUUGCCAUGCCUCACUCCAUCAUGCGGAUUGACAUCGCUGGCCGGGAUGUCUCCCGCUUCCUGCGUCUCUAUCUCCGGAAGGAAGGCUAUGACUUCCACACAACCUCUGAGUUUGAGAUUGUCAAGACCAUCAAAGAGCGUGCCUGCUACCUGUCAAUAAACCCCCAGAAGGAUGAGACUCUGGAGACUGAGAAGGCUCAGUACUACCUGCCAGAUGGAAGCACUAUUGAGAUUGGCCCUGCCCGUUUCCGAGCCCCAGAGCUCCUGUUCCGGCCAGACCUGAUCGGGGAGGAAUGUGAAGGACUUCAUGAAGUGCUUGUUUUUGCCAUUCAAAAGUCAGACAUGGACCUGAGGCGAACGCUGUUCUCCAACAUCGUGCUGUCUGGAGGCUCCACGCUUUUCAAAGGCUUUGGUGACAGGCUGUUGAGUGAAGUGAAGAAACUAGCUCCGAAGGACGUCAAAAUAAGGAUAUCAGCUCCUCAAGAGAGAUUGUAUUCCACGUGGAUUGGUGGCUCUAUCCUGGCCUCUCUGGACACCUUUAAGAAAAUGUGGGUUUCAAAAAAGGAAUAUGAAGAAGAUGGAGCUCGUGCCAUCCACCGAAAAACCUUCUAGCCCUGGGACCUGUCCUCAGUCUCCUCCGAAGACUCACUUAAACUCGCUUUUCUGAGUCCGAGUGUCUGAGAGCUGCCUGUGUGUGUGUGUGUGCGCCAGCAUGCCCCGAUGUCACUGAGCAAAGACAACAGCAGCAGGAGGGUUGUAUUAGUACUACUAACUU